UAUAAUUGGUAUCACAACUAUACUAUUCUGACUGACAAAGUUGUAAGAAGAAGAAAGUUUAUAAAAUUGGUUAAAGUGCAAAAAAUAAUUGAGUAAAUCAUGCAAAGAUCGUUUUAAAAUGGAAGCAAAAGAAAGUAGUACCUCUGAUCCUACAGAUGCGGCGGCAGCAGGAAACGACGAAAAUUUGCAACAGCUUGUCGAAAAUCUACGGGAGGAGAAAAGAAAAAUACAAAAUGAAUUUAACGCCCAAAGAGCAAAAAUGAAGGAGCUCUAUUUACAAAAGGAGACCGAACUAAAUAAAUGUCAUGCCGACCGUAAACUAUUGCAGCGUGAACUGGAUGAAAUGAAGUCUCAAUUCGUGGUCGCGGAUUUAAAGUCUGAAAAUGAAUUGCAUGUAAAGGAGCUCAAAGCGCAAGAGGAAAUAUCCUCGUUGCAGCAACUGGUGCAAGAUACGAUUGAAGAGUCGACAAUUUUAAAGGCAGAGUUAGAACGCAUGAAAGAAGAAAAUAGCAAACUUUGGCAGGAAAAUCGCGAAUACCGCGACCAUGUACAACAACAACCUGCAGAAACUACGAGUUUGGCACCGCAGCAAAUGUUGAGUCACGUAAAAAAGACUUUAAGGAAACUCGGCGGUGAUACUACCGGCAGCAUAAUAGGAAAUAGUUUAAGUCAAUCAGACGGUAUUGAUGAAAGUAGCAAGUCUAAAAGUGGCAAAAAAGACUACGCGCAAGAAGAUGCUGAAGUUUUACGUUCAAUUGUGGUGCAGUUGCAAGAGGAAAUGGAAGCAUUGAAGGAAAAAUUACGUGAAACAGAUGACAAAUUAAGAAAUCGAGAAAGUAGCGCAAUAACUAAUGCCAUAACGCAUGAGAAUGAUGCGCCAAAGGAUGAUGUAACCAUUAACAAAUCCACUUCCAUAGAUAUCAACACUAUAACGUGCGAUGCCUGUAUACAAUACGAAAAACGACUGCAAGAAUUGCAAGCGAAAAGCGCUGAUGACCAAGCUACAAUUGCUGCUAUGCAAAAGGCAAUUGCCGCCUCGCGUGAAGACCUACAAAAGGAAGCUGCAUUGCGUAAAGAUUUGGAAGAUCAAUGGCAAGAGCGGCGUGAGGCUCACAAAACAGAAGUACAAAAAUUACGUGAACAGGUAAAAUCAAACGAAGAACAAUUGCUAGAGUUACAGCAAAGGUUUCUCGACACCAAGGAAGAGGUUAUGCGCCAGCUGCAACGUGUCACCGACGAACGUGAACGCGUUAACAAACAACUUGAAACCUUGCAGGCAGAUAAUGACUUUCUAUCAGGUAGUUAUUUAGCAUCUUCUCUGGAGAUCGAGAGUCAAGUGAUAAAUUUGCCCAACACAGUUGAAGAGUUGCAAGAAUUGAUAUUGCAACAGCAAAACGAUCUUAUACAGGCGCGUGUGAAUAGUGAACAUCAGCGCAAACAAUGUGUUACCUCGCUGGAUGAAAUACAAAUUUUGCGCGAUCAAUUGGAAAAAAGUAAUAAUGAGCGUUUGGCAUACAAGAAGAAGAUGCAAACCGACAACAAAUCGUUGCAGGAUCGUUUAACCGAACAUCUGCUAACCAUUCAAACCUAUGAAACGGCCAAGACGACGUUAGAACGUAAAGAAGCCGAACUGAAUAGACAGAUAUCAAGAUUUCGCGUUGAGGUCAUCGAAUUGCAGGACACCAUUGAAAAGUUAACCAAACUGAAUGCAGAUUAUAAGACAAAAAUCAAGAUACUACAAGAGGAUUUAGCCACUAGCGAGCAAGUGCAGAAGGAUUUCGUGAAAUUAUCACAAAACUUACAGAUGUCCUUGGAGAAGCUACGCAAAUCCGAUACAGAAGUGCGUUGGCAAGAGGACGAAGAUGUCGAUAAUUGUCCAACAUGCAACACCUAUUUCACGGUGACUGUGCGUAAAAUCCAUUGUCGCCAUUGUGGUCACAUCUACUGUGAGAAAUGUCUGACGAAGACGGUGCCGUCGGGUCCGCGCAAAAAGAUUGUACGUGUCUGUGAUAUUUGCCAUACACUGUUAACACCAAAUACAGCGCCCUACUUUAGUCAGGAACCGGUGGCCGCUAACUGAACGCAGCUACAUACUAAUUCGCGUUUAUUUACUUUUAAGUACUCGGUACUACACACAUACAUACUUACAUAAAAUACAUACAAUUGAAUUGAAAAUCAUUUAGAUAGUCGGAACAGUUUAUUGUAACGAAAUCAAAAAACUAUAAAAAAACAUAUUUUCCUUUUAGCGUUUAAUAUUUCCUAGAAAAAGAAUAUUAGUUUAGUUAACAAAAAAAAAACAAAAAAUCGAAAUAUUGAAAAUAUUCUCUGUUCAUGUUAUUUGAUAUUACUGUGCAUAGUUGGAAAGUUAUUUGCGAAGAUAGUUCUGUGUAUGUAUGUUUGUUGCAGAAAAGAAAGAAAGCAAUCAUAUCCAGUCAUAGCAUCAGCGCUCAUUAAAUGAGUCAGAUUUGUGUGUAUGUAAAUUUGUUUUCUAUAUUUGCUGCUUGCAAAGCUACAACAAAUCAAGUGUGCUAGCUCUAAUAAACUAUUGCCAACAUUAUACAUACAUAAAUAUAUUUUAUUAAAAGCAACAAAACAAAAACAAAUUUAAUAAAUAAAAUAAAUAAUAAUAAUAAUAAAUAAAAAUAAAUUGUUUAAGAACGUAAUUAGUGUAAUGUGCAAGUUGAAAUAAAAUCUAAAAUAAAUUUAAAUUCUAUAUACAAUA